UAAACUAGGCAGCCAUUUCCGAGUAGAGACUAGAGAGCUCUGUUUAUGUAAGAAAUCUUACAGAGGCGAUCAUCUAGAGCCGAACCUACGUGCCCUGAAGCACAUCUUAGAGGUGGUGAAAUCUGGUGUCUGAUUUCUUGUAUGAUUGUUUUCUCUGUUUCAAGCUGUACAAGCUCAAACCUAUUGGGAGUUGUCUCGAAAUUUUAGUAUGAUAGUUUGACAACUUUGAUAGUCUUGCUUCCUCUUAUCAUCUGUGCUGUGAAAAUGUCUCUGGUUUGCUCUUCAGCAUGUGUAGCUCCCUUGCCACAGACCAAACGGUUACGUCCAAAUUUUCUGAAACUCACAACAUGUACCUUAAAUCUAAGUGCUUCCACUGGCGAUAUUAGGAAGCAUAUCAGUUACUUGUUCGCAGAACCGCAUAAACUUUGUAGGCUAGCAAAGAGUCGGAUAUUAGUUAGUCAGGAGUCUUUUACAGAGACCAGCACAAUAGAUAUGGAUUGGGAAGAUCAGGAGGAGAUUGAGGAUAUCGGGUCACCUUGGGAAGGUUCGGUUAUGUAUAGGAGAAAUGCUUCAGUCACACAUGUAGAAUACUGCACUACCUUAGAGAGGCUUGGGUUGGGAAGAUUGUCAACAGAGGUCUCCAAGAAGAGAGCUUCCGCAAUGGGACUAAGAGUGACAAAAGAUGUAAAGGAUUAUCCAGAUGGCACACCAGUUCAAAUUGCGGUUGAUGUCAUAAGGAAGAAGAAGAAGCUGAGACUCGAUGGGAUUGUCAAGACUGUUAUCACACUUGGCUGCAACAGAUGUGGUGAGUCAACAGGAGAGAGCAUAUUCUCCAACUUCUCACUAUUACUAACCGAAGAUCCAGUUGAAGAACCCGAUGUCAUUGAUCUAGGAUUCACAUUUGGUAGUGACAAAGCCAAUUCCUUUUCCGGAUUGUCGGAUGAUAAAGAAGAAACUGAGGAUGAUGAUGAUUCAUGGAUAGAUUGGGAGGAUAAACUUCAUUUUCCCCCUGAGGCGAAAGAAAUAGAUAUCUCAAAGCAUAUAAGAGACUUGGUCCACUUAGAGAUCACCAUCACUGCGAUAUGCGAUCCUGGGUGUAAAGGAAUGUGCUUGAAGUGUGGUGCGAAUCUGAAUAAGAGGAAAUGUGAGUGUGGCAGAGAAGAGAAAGAUAAAGGAUAUGGUCCUCUCGGAAACCUGAGAGAGAAAAUGCAACAAAAAGAGGGUCUGAGGAACUAAACUCAACAAUUCUUUUCUUCCAUCUUCUUCUUAGUUUACCAUCAUAAAACUCAAAAUCAGAUGUACCAUAAUUUUUUGAAGUUAAUCGUAUGUAGUAAAGCUUUCUUAA